AUAUAUCUUUCUCUGCUUCAGGAAUACACCUAAUCUCAUGGCUAAUUUUUACAUACGCAUCUGUAGAUAUGCAAUAAAGGCUCGUAUCAGCUCAGUACGCGUAUGUUACGUCAGCUGUGAUCAAUGCUGAUCAACCGAAUGUAUUUGUUGUUGGUGAUAUUGACCAUAGCAAAACAAAAGGCAAUCGAGAGCAAAUGUUUUUCUGGCAUAUCUCCUGCCGUUCCGCGAUGCUUAUUAACCUCAAAGUGGCAUUACAUGACAAAAUAAGUUCUAACUGCGUAUCUGACAAUUUAAAGUAAAGUGCUGGCCACUGCGAUAUCGCGGUUAAUUAUCUAGAGCGCUGGGAUUCGGCAGUGAAUUUUAACCGUCUGCCAAAAAUGAGUACUGGGAUAAUCAAAUUUUACGUUAGUCGAGCGAAUGAUAAGACGUAGUUGAUUCGGAACUAUAGAAAAAAAAAGCGCGUCAUGCGCAGUUGAAAUCAUAUGCAAGUCUCAGGCUUUGCUCGUAAUAAACAAUACAAAUCAAACAAAGCUAUUGCUAGAGGAAGUGACAAUUAAUGUGUCACGAUCAGCCGAAAGGACUCUUGUGUUUUGUACAAAUUCCACUCUCCUGGCAACGUUCGGAGGUUACGAAGAUGCGCUAUUUUUAACACGGCGACGCACAAUUUUAUCGCUCUGUAAUUGAACGAAUCGCGCCGCCCCUAAAAGCGAAAACGUCAAAAUGGUGGAACCUAUUUUUGACUAUCAAUUCCGAUUGAUUCUUAUCGGAGACAGUACGGUUGGAAAAAGUUCACUGCUAAAAUAUUUUACCGAUGGUAAAUUCGCCGAGCUAUCGGACCCAACAGUUGGAGUAGACUUUUUUGCCAGAUUAAUCGAGGUCAAAGAUGGGACGAGGAUUAAAUUACAGCUCUGGGACACGGCAGGCCAAGAAAGAUUUAGGUCCAUAACGAAGUCUUACUACAGAAAUUCGGUUGGAGCACUUCUAGUUUACGAUGUAUGUAACAGAGCGAGUUUUGAGCACAUACCGCAAUGGAUGAUGGAAGCACGGAGGCAUAUCGAGCCUCAUCGUCCCGUUUUUGCAUUGGUAGGAUGUAAGGUAGAUUUAGUGAGCAAUGGAGGUAGAAGAGAGGUUUCAAAGGAGGAAGCAAGGGCUUUUGCCGAUCAGCACGGAGUCCACCACAUUGAGACUAGCGCUAAGACAGGGAUAAAUGUUGAAGAUGCUUUUAAAACGGUGACGCAGGAAGUAUACAACAGAAUACAAACGGGUGAGUAUAAGUUGGAGGAUGGAUGGGAUGGGAUCAAAACUGGAUUUGCUAGACCCGGAGGGUUGGAUUUCAAUUUAAUCGAAGCUGAACCUGCGAAAAGUUCUUGCUGCUAAUAAUAGCGGCAGUUUAUGAUUAAUCCAAAUUUAUAUUAAAGGUAAAAACUUUUUAGGAUCAUAACAUGUAAGCGCUGUUGGCAAAAGUUGAGACGAGGUAGAAAGAUAUACCUUUUUUUGUUCUCUCGUUCAAAGAUUUGCCAUGAAAUUGAUCAAACCUUGAACAUCCAUAUUCAUAAAAAUAAAAAAAAAAAAGACUAACAGAGAGAAUUUAUAAGCAUCGAAACAAUUUGUU